AAAACGACCAUAUUACAGAAGCCUCAGUCUCUUCCUGGAGGUAUUAGCCCUACACAAAAUGGCUGCCUGACAGAGGACAAAUGUAUCACAUGACAAGGAAGCUCUAGUGGUCACCUGAUAUGUACUACACUACCCAGAAUCCUUUGUUUCCUCAUCUCAUUCCCUGAUAUCACACGGCUGCAAGAGGAGAAAUAUACCUACGGGAGUAAAACUAUAGACAAUAAAACACCAGUUACUGAUCAUCUGAAGAUGGACAAGGAUAAAAAUGUGAUGACAGAAAACAUAUUAAAUAUCACUUUGGAGAUAAUCUACCUGCUGACUGGAGAGGAUUACACAAUAGUGAAGAAGUCAUCCGGUGAGUGUGAGACACCUUACAGCCAUCCCCAUGUGUCAGUUGGACUGAGUGUGACCCAGAGCCUCAUCACGGUGCCUCCCCCUCACUCACAGAUACAUGAGAGACACAAUGACCAGAGGAUCCUGGAACUCACCAACAAGAUCAUUCAGCUGUUGACUGGAGAGGAGGGGGAGUAUAUAGAGGAACACAGGGGUCUGUACAAGGACAUGAUGAUGGAGAAUCACCGGUCCCUCACAUCACUGGAUGGGCCCAGUAACAGAGAUACCCCAGAGAGAUGUCCCCGUCCUCUGUAUUCCCAGGAUUGUACAGAGGAGAAUCACAGGAUCCCACAGGAGGAUCAGGGUGAAGAACUGACUGAUAUUAAGGUAGAAGAUAUAAAGGGAGAAGAGAAGUAUGUGACUGAUAUAAAGGCAGAAGAUAUGGAGGGAGAAGAAGAGACGUAUGUGACUAAUAAAAGGACAGAAGAUAUAGAGGAAGAAGAAGAGACGUAUGUGCCUAAAAUAAAGGCAGAAGAUUUAGAGGAAGAAGAAAAAGAGGCAUAUGUGACCAAUAUAAAGGCAGACGAUACAGAGAGAGAAGAAAAGAGCUAUGUGACUAAUAAUGAGGAAGGAGAGACGUAUGUGAGGGGUGAUCAGCAGUGUAAGGAGGAAGAGAUCCCUACAGAUAUCAGCACAGAUGGACGCAAUGCAAGGAAUACCUCUGAGGAACGUCUUGAUUGUAAAUUAGAAGAUAAGAAAAUCACACGAGGUUCUCCAGAAGAAAACUGUAUUACCCUAAAUAUGCAUCCAGUACCUCACAGUGCAGAUAUAUCAUCUGAUCCCCCUGUGCCUGAGGAAUGUUCUCCUGGUAACUCACAUAUUGCUGCACAUAGUACAGACUAUAGCGUUGAUACAGUAAUUUCGUCUUCUGAGCGAGGGAAAUGUUUUACAAAUAAAUCAGCUGUUAGACAUGAGAGAAGUCACACAGGUGAAAGGCUAUUUCCAUGUUCUGAGUGUGAGAAAUGUUUUACACGGAAAACAUAUCUUCGAAGACAUCUAAAAAAUCACAGAGGCGACAGGCCAUUUCCAUGUUCUGAGUGUGGGAAGUGUUUUAAACUGAAAACAGCUCUUGCUAGACACAAGAGAAUUCACACAGGUGAUAAACCAUUUCCAUGUUUUGAGUGUGGGAAAUGUUUUAUCAGCAAUUCAGCUCGUGUUAAACAUGGGAGACGUCACACAGGAGAGAGACCAUUUCCAUGUUCUGAGUGUGGGAAAUGUUUUAUUGAUAAAACACAUCUUGGUAUACAUCAGAAAUGCCACACGGGUGAGAAGCCAUUUCCAUGUCCUGAGUGUGGGAAAUGUUUUGCAAAGAAAUUAUAUAUUGUUGAACAUCAGAGAACUCAUACAGGUGAGAAACCAUUUUCAUGCUCUGAGUGUGCGAGAUGUUUUACACAAAAAUCACAUCUUGUAAGACACAAGAGAAGUCACACAGGUGAGAAACCAUUUCCAUGUUCCGAGUGUGGGAAAUGUUUUAUCCACAGAUCAGCUCUAGCAAUACAUGAGAGGGUCCAUACAGGUGAGAAACCAUUUCCAUGCUCCGAGUGUGGGAAAUGUUUUAACGAGAAAUCACAUCUCAUUAAACAUCAAAGAUGUCACACAGGUGAGAGGCCAUUUCCAUGUUCUGAGUGUGGGAAAUGUUUUUCACAGAAAUCAUCUCUUGUUACACAUCUGAGAAGUCACACGGAGAUACAGUUUCCAUGUUUUGAUGAAAAAAGUUCUGCACCUAAAACCCAACUUGUUAGGGAUGAUAGUCACAUAAGUGAAAAACCAUUUCCAUGUUCUGAGUGUGGAAAAAGUUUUACACAAAAAUCACAACUGCUUGUACAUCAGAGAAUACACACGGGGGAGAAACCAUUUCCAUGUUCUGGGUGUGGGAAAUGUUUUACAAACCAAUCAUCUCUUGCUAGACAUGUGAGAAUUCACAACCGUGAGAAGCCAUUUCCAUGUUCUGAGUGUGGGAAAGGUUUUCUACUAAAAUAUCAUCUUGCUGAACAUCUUAGAUGUCACACAGGUGAGAAGCCAUUUUCGUGCUCAGAGUGUGGGAAAUGUUUUACAAAUAAAUCACAUCUUGUUGAACAUCAGAGAAGUCACACAGGUGAGAAACCUUUCCUAUGUUCUGAGUGUGGGAAAUGUUUUGCUUACAAAUCACAUCUUGUUACACAUAAAAGAAAUCACACGGGUGAGAAACCAUUUCCAUGCUCUGAGUGUGGAAAAUGCUUUUCACAGAAAUCAAUUCUUGUUAAACAUGUGAGAAGUCACACGGGUGUGAGACCAUUUUCCUGUUCUGAGUGUGGGAAAUACUUUGCACAGAAAUCAGAUCUUGUUAGACAUGAGAGAAUUCACACAGGUGAGAAACCAUUUCCAUGUCCUUUGUGUGGGAAAUGUUUUAUACAAAGAUCAGAUCUUGUUAAACAUGAGAGAAGUCACACAGGUGAGAAGCCAUUUACAUGUUCUGUGUGCGGGAAACGUUUUACGCAAACAUCUGAUCUUAUUAGACAUGAGAGACGUCACAAAGGUGAGAAACCAUUUCCGUGUUCUGAGUGUGAGAAAUCUUUUACGAAAAAAACACACUUAAAUAGACAUCAGAAAACUCACACAGGUGAGAACCCGUGUAAGAUAUCAGAAAGUCAUAGUUGAAUUUCCUCUAGCUGGUAGGUAUAGUAUCAGGGGCCUAAUGGGUCAUAGAGUUGAUGAAAUAGUUAGCACUACUUCCUCACAGUACUGAAGUCUUGGGUUCGAUUCCCUCCAUGGCCCUGUGUUCAGUUUGUAUAUCCUUUCCACGCUCAUGUUAGUUUUCUCCAUGUACUUCAGUUUCCUUGCACAAUCCACAAAUCAAUGUUAGGCUAAUUGUCUCCCCCCAAAAAAUGAACUAUAAAAUGUAUGUGUUUGUACAUAUGGUAGGGUAUGUAGAUUGUAAGCUCCACUGGGGCAGGGACUGAUGUACAUGGACGCAAUUUAUCUGUAAAUUGCUGCGGGGAAAAAAAUAAAAUAUAUAUAUAUACAUAUAUAUAUAUAUAUAUAUAUAUAUAUAAAACUGGUAAUCUAUACUUGCAAUAAAGUUGUAAUGGUUGUGUCUGUACAUACAAUUUUUGUAGAAAAAUGUGCUCCUUGGGACUGUAUAUGACACAGAAAAAAUUGGGGGAAUCUUUUGGGGUUUUUUUUAUCCGGCAUCAUGAAAAAAAUUACUAGAUGAAUUUGGAUUGCGUUUGUCACUAUUGUAUAGCUUAGUGACCUCGAAAGAAACUGAGGUAUGUAUGAUCUUGCUGUGGCAUCAGUGGUAGGAGCAAUAAAAGAGAAAUCAGAUGAUUGACACUCAACACGUGCAAACUCCUCGAGCCAAAAAUGACUCUAUGUAUAGAAGUGUCAUUGUUACGGAACAAAUACACAUCUAGGGACUGUUUAUGAACUAUGGAGAUGAAAAUAAAAUGUAUAUGGAUUUGUACAGGCUCAUGUCCAAAAUGACUACAUGUAUGUAUGUAUGUGUGUGUGUGUGUGUGUGUGUAAUAAAUAUAUAUGUAUAUAUAUAAAAUUACAAAGUCCUGCACCGCUGCAUCUGAAGAAACAGUUGUUCUGGUUUUCCAGCUCACCCAGAUACAGAAGGAAGUCAGGUGCAGGAGAGGGGUUUAAAAAUCCUAUUUACCCACAAUGCAUUGCGCUGAUGCCUGUUAGAGGCCAGUGAGCAGGGCUGAGUUUAUAGCACCAGGGACUGUGGACAUUGGCUGUGCCAGGAGAGCAUGGCAUGUGUAGCUGCAAGCCACUGCAGCAGAAUGACUUGUGAGCACGGGAAGUGCUAGGUCCUUUUAUGUUUUGUUUGUUUCAUUUUUCUGUAUGUACCUGUGUGACCAGGCCCAAGCCUGUGUAUGCUGUUCUACAGUGUCUGAUGCCAGUAAAGAAGACACUGUGGUUGUAACUGGAA